CGAGCUGGUGUUUCGCCCGCGACCCAGCGCCCAGUCGACCCGCCCCGAGAGGACCGCGUGAAGGUCGCCCCGCGCCCGCCCGUCCGCCCGUCCGCCUCCCGCGCCCCGCCGCGUCUCCGCCCGUCUGCCUGUCCGCCGCAGCCCAGGCCACCGAGCGCCAUGAACCAAGUCGAGCCCGGCGUGCAGUACAACUAUGUCUACGAAGACGAUGAGUAUAUGAUCCAGGAAGAGGAGUGGGACCGCGACCUGCUCCUGGACCCGGCCUGGGAGAAGCAGCAGAGGAAGACCUUCACCGCCUGGUGUAACUCCCACCUCAGGAAAGCUGGCACUCAGAUCGAGAACAUUGAGGAAGACUUCCGAAAUGGCCUUAAGCUCAUGCUGCUUUUGGAAGUCAUCUCAGGGGAAAGGUUGCCCAAACCCGACCGAGGGAAAAUGCGAUUCCACAAAAUCGCUAACGUCAACAAAGCCUUGGACUACAUAGCCAGCAAAGGCGUGAAACUGGUGUCCAUCGGGGCUGAAGAGAUUGUUGAUGGCAACGUGAAAAUGACGCUGGGCAUGAUCUGGACCAUUAUCCUGCGCUUUGCUAUUCAAGACAUUUCAGUCGAAGAAACCUCUGCCAAAGAAGGUCUGCUGCUUUGGUGUCAAAGGAAAACGGCUCCUUAUAGAAAUGUGAACAUUCAGAACUUCCACACCAGCUGGAAAGAUGGCCUUGGACUCUGUGCGCUCAUCCACAGACACCGGCCCGACCUCAUUGACUACUCAAAGCUCAACAAGGAUGACCCAAUAGGUAAUAUCAACCUGGCCAUGGAAAUUGCAGAGAAGCACCUGGAUAUUCCCAAAAUGUUGGAUGCUGAAGACAUUGUGAACACCCCCAAACCUGAUGAAAGAGCUAUCAUGACGUACGUUUCCUGCUUCUACCAUGCUUUCGCGGGAGCGGAGCAGGCCGAGACAGCGGCUAACAGAAUAUGUAAGGUUCUUGCUGUGAAUCAAGAGAAUGAGAGGCUGAUGGAAGAAUAUGAGAGGCUAGCAAGUGAGCUUUUGGAAUGGAUUCGCCGCACCAUCCCCUGGCUGGAGAACCGGACCCCCGAGAAGACCAUGCAGGCCAUGCAGAAGAAGCUGGAGGACUUCCGAGAUUACCGCCGGAAGCACAAGCCCCCCAAGGUGCAGGAGAAGUGCCAGCUGGAGAUCAACUUCAACACCUUGCAGACCAAGCUGCGGAUCAGCAACCGGCCGGCCUUCAUGCCCUCCGAGGGCAAGAUGGUGUCGGACAUUGCAGGCGCCUGGCAGCGGCUGGAGCAGGCGGAGAAGGGCUACGAGGAGUGGCUACUCAAUGAGAUUCGGAGGCUGGAGCGCGUGGAGCACCUGGCGGAAAAGUUUAGGCAGAAGGCGUCUACACACGAGACCUGGGCAUACGGCAAAGAGCAGAUCUUGCUGCAGAAGGAUUACGAGUCGGCGUCUCUGACAGAAGUCCGGGCCCUGCUGCGGAAGCACGAGGCCUUUGAAAGCGACCUGGCAGCCCACCAGGACCGCGUGGAGCAGAUCGCGGCCAUUGCACAGGAGCUCAAUGAACUGGACUAUCACGACGCCGUGAAUGUCAACGACCGGUGCCAGAAAAUCUGUGACCAGUGGGACAGGCUGGGGACGCUUACUCAGAAGAGAAGAGAGGCCCUGGAGAGAACUGAGAAAUUGCUAGAAACCAUCGACCAGCUUCACCUGGAGUUUGCCAAGAGAGCUGCUCCUUUCAACAACUGGAUGGAGGGGGCCAUGGAGGACCUGCAAGACAUGUUCAUCGUCCACAGCAUUGAGGAGAUCCAGAGCCUGAUCACGGCCCAUGAGCAGUUCAAGGCCACGCUGCCCGAGGCAGAUGGCGAGCGGCAGUCCAUCCUGGCCAUCCAGAAUGAAGUGGAGAAGGUGAUUCAGAGCUACAACAUCAGAAUCAGCUCGAGCAACCCCUACAGCACUGUCACUGUGGAUGAUAUCCGGGCCAAGUGGGACAAGGUGAAGCAGCUUGUGCCCAUCCGGGACCAGUCGCUGCAGGAGGAGCUGGCCCGCCAGCAUGCCAAUGAGCGUCUGCGGCGCCAGUUCGCCGCACAGGCCAACGCCAUUGGACCCUGGAUCCAGAACAAGAUGGAGGAGAUCGCCCGCAGCUCCAUCCAGAUCACGGGCGCCCUGGAGGACCAGAUGAAUCAGCUGAAGCAGUACGAGCACAACAUCAUCAACUACAAGAACAACAUCGACAAGCUGGAGGGUGACCAUCAGCUCAUCCAGGAGGCGCUGGUCUUCGACAACAAGCACACUAAUUACACCAUGGAGCACAUCCGCGUGGGGUGGGAGCUGCUGCUGACAACCAUCGCCAGGACCAUCAACGAAGUGGAGACUCAGAUCCUGACGAGAGACGCAAAGGGCAUCACCCAGGAGCAGAUGAACGAGUUCAGAGCCUCCUUCAACCACUUUGACAGGAGGAAGAAUGGCCUGAUGGACCACGAGGACUUCAGAGCCUGCCUCAUCUCCAUGGGUUAUGACUUGGGUGAAGCUGAGUUUGCCCGCAUCAUGACCCUGGUGGACCCCAACGGGCAGGGCACGGUCACCUUCCAGUCCUUCAUCGACUUCAUGACCAGGGAGACGGCUGACACCGACACUGCCGAGCAGGUCAUCGCCUCCUUCCGAAUCCUGGCUUCUGAUAAGCCCUACAUCCUGGCAGAGGAGCUGCGUCGAGAGCUACCCCCAGACCAGGCGCAGUACUGCAUCAAGAGGAUGCCUGCCUACUCAGGCCCAGGCAGCGUGCCUGGUGCCCUGGAUUACACCGCCUUCUCCUCCGCCCUCUACGGGGAGAGCGAUCUGUGAGGCCGGGUUCUGUAAUCACUGGUCCCAUCAGAACGCAAUAAAGGCUGAAGUCACAGUUUGUUUCUUGGAGACUUUGACAAGCUUUAUUAAGAGAGAGAAAACUUGUUUUGCAAGCUCAGUUAUUGCCAGCAGUUGGGAGAUGGCUGAAGUUAGGUUUUUCUAGUAUAUGACAUAGUGUGCCUCACAGACAGGUUUCUUUUGUUUCUGAAUUUUUAGCUAGAUGCAGUGAAAUAGCAGGGUUUGGGUUGGUUUCUUUGACAAAACACAGCAAAUUACUUGAGUAGUCUGAAAUUAGCAAGACCUAGGGACAGAAGAAAGGCACAAAAUGGGAAAAUUCCAAAAUACCCAAGAUUCAAGACCAGGAAAAUAAUGGUAAAUGGUUGACAUUUUAAAAUAUUCUUCAUAUGUAAUAUACUUACGUGAUUAUCUUUAGGGGACUAUAUUUGGGAUAUUGACGUUAUACUUUCUUGCUUAUCCAAAGAUUAGCUACGUUUAAGAUAAAUGGUACUGUUGCCUCUGUGGCUGAAUUUAAUAUUGUGAGAUGGAAGCUCCAGGGAAUAGAAACAGACUACCCAAAGCAUUGUUAGUACUUAAAAAAAUGUUCGAGAGCGAUUAUGGUCACCUCUUCAAUUUUUAGGACUGUGUAGUCUGAUUAGUGAGUUUCGAUGCCUUAUUUAUCCUCCAAAGUAGGGACCUCAGGAAAUAGGGAAGUCGGUUUAAUUGCCAGAGAGGAAAAUGGAAUCACUAGGUGGAGCGAGUUUUUUUAGGAUUAUUUAUUGAUUCCAGGUUUCUGGGCUUUUUCUAGAGCGUGUUAGUAUGUGAGUAUGUUAUGACCAUAUAUAAGUGUUUUGGUUUUAAGCAAGUGUCUAUAGUGAUACUUGAUGACAGGGGACAAGUCCAAAAUCAGUGCCCUUAGAGCUCCCCAGGCAGAACUCCUCCUUUAUGCCUUUAGUUUUAUGAUUUGGUAAAGAGAAGGAGUCAGUAGGAAAAGACUGAUGCUCAACAGCAGUAGAGGUAAGUUCUUCCAUUGUAGAACCUUGACGUAUUUCAGGUGAAUUCAUUCCGUGCGGUAGGAGUUCCUAGGUGUUUUUGCCAGCACUUGGGGUUCCUGCCGUGAUGGGGUGGUGCGUCCUAACUCGUCCUGAGUCUGGCUGUGUCCCCAUCAAAGCCCCAUCGGGGAGGACCCCAGUGGCUCCCGCCACCACCUUGCUCCGUCAGCCUUCCUUCCUUUUUUCCCCGCUUGUUCUGUCAAAUGCUGUACCUCCCCUCUCCGUUUUUCCAUCUUGUUAACAGCUUGUGGAGAAUAAAGCAGGAGUUCUUUUUA